AUAUUUUUGACAUAGCCUACUAUGUAUUGGGACAUACUAAAUCUUUUCCUGGCAUACUAAUGGUAGUAUGGGCAUUGCAACACAAAGCACUACUCUUUUAGGAAUGAAGCUAAACUUGAUAACUCCUCCCAAACACAUGCUGUUUUUAGAUCAGAGCUCAGACUAGUUUCACUUCUCAGGAAGUGAGACUCAGACAGUCGUUGUCACUGAGCGAGAGGUACAAUGGCGCAGAAAGGAAUUCAGCUGGACCGGGAAACUAUUUCUUGUUCCAUCUGUCUGGAUCUACUGAAGGAUCCGGUGACUAUUCCCUGUGGACACAGCUACUGCAUGAACUGUAUUAAAAGCCACUGGGAUGAAGAGGAUUGUAAGUACAGCUACAGCUGUCCUCAGUGCAGGAAGACGUUCACAGCGAGGCCUGUCCUGCUGAAAAACACCAUGUUAGCAAAUUUAUUGGAGGAGCUGAAGAAGACUGGACUCCAAGCUGCUCCUGCUGAUCACUGCUAUGCUGGAGCUGAAGAUGUGGCCUGUGAUGUCUGCACCGGGAGAAAACUCAAAUCACACAAGUCCUGUCUUGUCUGUCUAGCUUCUUUCUGUGAGAAACACCUUCAACGUCAUUAUGAAUCACCUCCAUUAAAGAAACACAAGCUGGUGGAGCCGUCCAAGAAGCUGCAGGAGAACGUCUGCUCUCGUCAUGAUGAGGUGAUGAAGAUGUUCUGCCGUACUGAUCAGCAGCUUAUCUGUUAUCUCUGCUCUGUGGAGGAACAUAAAGGCCACGACACAGUCUCAGCUGCAGCAGAGAGAGCUGAGAGGCAGAGAGAGCUCGAGGGGAGUCGACAAAACAUCCAGCAGAGAAUCCAGGACAGAGAGAAAGACGUGAAGCUGCUUCAACAGCAGGCGGAGGCCAUCAAUCUCUCUGCUGAUAAAGCAGUGGAGGACAGCGAGAAGAUCUUCACUGAGCUGAUCCGUCUCCUGGAGAAAAGAAGCUCUGAUGUGAAGCAGCAGGUCAGAUCCCAGCAGAAAAGAGAAGUGAGUCGAGUCAAAGAGCUUCAGGAGAAGCUGGAGCAGGAGAUCACUGAGCUGAAGAGGAAAGACGCUGAGCUGAAGAAGCUCUCACACACAGAGGAUCACAACCAGUUUCUACACAACUACCCCACACUGUCACCACUCAGCCAAUCUACAUCCAGCAUCCAUAUCCGUCCUCUGAGCUGCUUUGAGGACGUGACAGUGGCCGUGUCAGAAGUUAGAGAUAAACUACUGGACGUUCUGAGAGAGAAGUGGACAAACGUCUCACUGACAGGGACUGAAGUGGACGUUUUACUGCCACAACCAGAGCCAAAGACCAGAGCUGGAUUCUUAAAAUAUUCACGUGAAAUCACACUGGAUCCAAACACAGCAAACACACGGCUGUUAUUAUCUGAGUGUAACAGAAAGGCAACUGUAAUGAAAAAACAACAGUCUUAUUCUAGUCACCCAGACAGAUUUACUGACUGUUGGCAGGUCCUGAGUAGAGAGAGUAUGACUGGACGUUGUUACUGGGAGGUGGAGAGGAGAGGAAGAGGAGUUGAUGUAGCAGUUGCAUACAAGAAUAUCAGCAGAGCAGGUGGGUCGGAUGAAUGUGGAUUUGGACUACAUGACAAAUCUUGGGUGUUAGAUUGUUACAACAACAGUUAUACAUUUUGGUCCAACAAAGUCCAAACUCCCGUCUCAGGUCCUGAGUCCUCCAGAGUAGGAGUGUACCUGGAUCACAGUGCAGGUAUUCUGUCCUUCUACAGCGUCUCUGAAACCAUGACUCUCCUCCACAGAGUCCAGACCACAUUCACUCAGCCCCUCUAUGCUGGACUAAGGUUUCAUCUUUGGGGCCUUUUCUCGACUAAUGGAGACUCUGCUGAGUUUUGUAAACUGAAAUAGACAGAAGUCAUUUAAGGGUUAAAUUAUGUGUUUUAACUCUUCGACUUAUUUUGUCUCCAUGUUUGUUGCUGAGAGCUGAUUGUUGUGACACCUAAAGAGAGACAGAAGCUGUCUGAUGUUUCUGUUUCUAUAAGUCCUAUAACAUAGGUAGAAACUGUCUGAUGUUUCUGGUUCUAUAAGUCCCAUAACAUAGGUAGAAACUGUCUGAUGGUUCUGGUUCUAUAAGUCCUAUAACAUAGGUAGAAACUGUCUGAUGUUUCUGUUUCUAUAAGUCCUAUAACAUAGGUAGAAACUGUCUGAUGGUUCUGGUUCUAUAAGUCCUAUAACAUAGGUAGAAACUGUCUGAUGUUUCUGGUUCUAUAAGUCUCAUAACAUAGGUAGAAACUGU